UCUGAGCAAUAGCGACAUGUCCGAGACAGCCCCGGCACCCGCUGUGGAGGCAGCCCCCGCCGCCGCCCCGGCCCCCGCCGCCAAGGCCGGCUCCAAGAAGCCGAAGAAGGCGGCGGGCGGCUCCAAAGCCCGCAAGCCGGCGGGCCCCAGCGUCACCGAGCUGAUCACCAAGGCCGUGUCCGCCUCCAAGGAGCGCAAGGGGCUCUCUCUCGCCGCCCUCAAGAAGGCGCUGGCCGCCGGCGGAUACGAUGUGGAGAAGAACAACAGCCGCAUCAAGCUGGGGCUCAAGAGCCUCGUCAGCAAGGGCACCCUGGUGCAGACCAAGGGCACCGGCGCCUCCGGCUCUUUCCGGCUCAGCAAGAAGCCCGGCGAAGUGAAGGAGAAAGCCCCCAAGAAGCGGGCGGCCGCGGCAAAGCCCAAGAAGCCGGUGGCCAGGAAGCCAGCCAGCGCCGCCAAGAAGCCCAAGAAGGCAGUAACAGCGAAGAAGAGUCCUAAGAAAGUCAAGAAGCCGGCGGCUGCCGCGGCCAAGAAAGCGGCCAAGAGCCCCAAGAAGGUGACCAAGGCUGCCAAGCCCAAGAAGGCGGCAGCAGCAGCGAAGAGCCCGGCCAAGGCGAAGGCGGUGAAGCCCAAAGCUGCCAAGCCCAAGGCGACCAAGCCUAAAGCGGCCAAGGCAAAGAAGGCGGCGCCCAAGAAGAAGUAAGCCCCUGGGGAAGAAAACUCUUGCUCCGCAUUUAAACCCAACGGCUCUUUUAAGAGCCAC